AUGAUUUCGUUAAAAGUUUGGCUGUGUUUGGUCGUGGUGGCUAGUGCGCGCGCACGCUCCGCGCCGCCUGCCCCCGCCGGCUGUCAAUGGGAUUAUUCGGACACAAAGUUGAGUGAAUCUAACUUUCUCACGUGUAACAUCAAAACCAUUGGCUCUGCAGACUUCUUGUUCAAAAACAUUACUACGGCGCAGGCGUACAAUAUCAACAAGUUAAAGUUGACAUGUACCGAUUUGCUUUUCUUCGAGAGCUCGCUGCACAUGAACACCGGCAGCUUUUUGGGACAGCUGCGAAAACUUGAAGACCUGCGCAUAGAAUACUGCAAAAUACGCUAUGUACCAGCAACUGUUUUAUCUCCGUUACGUGAUUUAAUUAGCCUGACUCUUCGAUCAUUUAAUACCGAUUGGCCUGCAAUGACAUUGGAGUUUCACGCAGAAAGUUUUCGAGGUUUGAUGGAACUUCGUUCUUUAGAUUUAGGUGAUAACAAUAUUUACAUGUUACCCUCUGAAGUGUUUUGUCCACUUUUUAGUUUAGAAUCACUUAAUCUUACGAAUAAUAGAAUUCAAGACAUUUCCGAAAUUGGUUUCUCCGACUGGGGAAAAGGGCCUAUAGCUCCUGGUAAAUCAUGUAAUACUGGAUUAAAAAUGCUUGAUUUGUCGCAAAAUAACGUAUUAAGGCUUCCCGAUAAUGGACUUUCUAGCUUGAGAUCUUUAGAAGUCUUGAAUAUUCAAAAUAAUUUAAUAAACGAAAUUGGAGAUAGAGCUUUUGUAGGAUUGAAUUCAUUGAAGAUUUUAAAUUUAUCGGGAAAUAAAUUAGUCGCCGUCCCUCCUGAACUUUUUCAGUCCUCACGCGUUAUCAGAGAAAUCUCAUUAUCAAAUAAUUCUCUUUCUGUAUUGGCUCCUGGACUUUUGGAGGGGUUAGAUCAACUUGAGAAACUAGAUUUGUCGAGAAACCGACUGACUAAUGAUUGGGUAAAUAGAGAUACAUUUGCUGGCUUGAUAAGACUUGUGAUAUUGAAUUUAUCUUACAAUUCUCUUGCUCGUCUAGACCCAAAAUCUUUUCAGGAUUUAAACAAUUUACAAGUUUUAAAUUUAGACAACAAUAUCAUUGAAACCGUAAGUAACGGUGCUUUUGCUGAAUUAAAAAAUCUUCACCAAUUAUCAAUUUCAGACAAUAAAAUAAAAAUGUUAAACGAGCACAUUUUUUCAAACUUGUUUGUCCUUAGUCAGUUAUACUUAGAUAACAAUCAAAUUUCUGUCAUUCACGAACGUUGUUUUGAAAAUAUAACAUACUUGCAAGACCUGGGUUUGAACGGAAACAGCUUAAACAAAAUACCGGAUAGUAUAAAAAGGCUUAGAUUUUUGAAAUCACUUGAUAUUGGAAAAAAUAACAUAACAAAAGUAUCUAACACAUCAUUUGAAGGUCUAGAAGAGCUUUACGGUUUGCGGCUUGUUGAUAAUCAUAUCACAAGCAUAUCAAAAGAUACAUUCAGUACUUUGCCCUCAUUGCAAGUAUUGAAUUUAGCUUCGAAUCAAAUAGAAAUUAUCGAACAAGAUGCAUUUAUAACAAACCCUACUUUAAAAGCAAUCCGCUUAGAUGGAAAUAAGUUAAUCGAUAUACGUGGCGUUUUUAAUAAAUUGAUUACUCUCGGCUGGCUUAAUAUAUCUGACAACAGACUUAUAUACUUUGACUAUAGUUAUAUGCCUACAAGUCUUGAAUGGCUUGAUAUACAUAGUAACAACAUAACAAGACUAGAUAACGAGAAAAACGUGCAACAAAACAUUCGAAUGCUUGAUGUAAGUUACAAUGCUUUGGAAAAUAUUGAUGAAAGGUCUGUACCGGAUUCUAUUGAGAUUCUUUUCAUAAAUAACAACAAAAUUCACACGAUUCAGCCAGGUACGUUCUUACAAAAAAGAAACUUAGAAAAGGUAGUCGUGACGGAUAAUAAAUUGAGAAUCGUCGAACUAUCAGCGUUCACACUGCCCCAUAUACCGAAGCAUAGGUUAUUGCCAAAGUUCUUUAUUGGAAACAAUCCAUUUGUUUGUAACUGUCAUAUGAUUUGGCUACAAAAGAUUAAUCUUUGGAACCAUAUGCGACAAUAUCCAAGGUUUGUGGAUUUGGAUAUUGUAACAUGCGACGUUGUCAACAACAAAUAUGGCGGCAAGGCUAAUUUAAUGGAAGUUCCUGAAACACAGUUCCUUUGCUCAUAUGAUACUCAUUGUUCGUCUAGUUGCUUUUGUUGCGAGUUUGAAGCUUGCGAUUGUAAAAUGACGUGUCCCGAAGGCUGCUCUUGUUUCCAUGACAGCAAUUGGAACUCCAAUGUAAUUGAUUGCUCUAAUGUUGGUUAUACAGAAAUACCUGAAAAAAUACCUAUGGAUGCGACUGAACUCUACCUGGAUGGUAAUGACUUCAGAUCUCUGGGCAGUCACUUAUUUAUUGGAAAGAAAAAGUUACAUAAACUAUAUCUAAACAACAGUAACAUCGUCUAUAUAGACAACGACACCUUAAAUGGUCUUCAUUCAUUAAAUGUACUUCAUCUUGAAAACAAUCGUUUAACUGAAUUAUCAGGUGGAGAGUUCUCGCAGAUGAAGCACUUACGAGAGUUAUAUUUAAACGAUAACCUCUUGACAAGUGUAGCCAAUACAACUUUUAAAUACUUACCAUCUCUUAGGGUAAUGCAUUUGCAAGGAAAUAAAGUUCUCGACCUGGACAAAAAAAUUAUAUAUAAUAACAAUUUAGAAAGUGUGGUUGUGCAAGGAAAUCUAUUUACAUGUACGUGUAAAAAUGUGAUGUACUUAAAAAAUUGGUUUAAGAAAUACUACGAAGAUCCCGUUGAUAUGUUUUGUGCCGAUGAAAAUGGCUUAAUAACGAAUUUAACAGUGUUUGAUGUGAUUGAUAAGUGUCGUGAUUCUAGUAUAGCGGACAAUACAAUUCCUACAGAAAACCAACCAUACCAGUUUGACGAAGUCAGUACAAUAAAGCUAAACUUUGUGCCACUAUUAGCAGUUGUUCUAAUUAGCGUUAUUCUUAUUUUAUUGUUUGGUGCUUUAGCCUUUUCCUUUAGACAAAAUGUCCGCCUAUGGGCUCAUUCUAAAUACGGAGUAAGAUUGUUCAAAAGUGCUUCAAUUCAGGAAAGUGAAUUAGAUCGCGAUAGAUUAUACGAUGGAUAUGCUGUAUAUAGUUUGUUAGACGAUGACUUUGUAUCUAAAGUAGUCGCACCUGAAAUGGAGCAUUCUGGUUAUACCAUGUGUUUUCACUAUAGGGACUUACAACACGCCCCUGAAAAUUAUCUUGCGGAACAGAUAACAAACGCAGCAGAAUCAUCCAAAAGGAUCUUAGUUUUUGUAUCAUUUAACUUUUUACAAAAUGAAUGGUCUAAGGUGUCUUUCAAAGCAGCCAUAAAACAUGUCAUCACUUCUAUUCACCCUUCCAUUAGGCGUCACAGAGUAGUAUUCAUUUUGACAACAGAUGUUAGUGCACUAAAUUUAGAUGUCGAUUUUCAAAAUUACCUUAAAACUUGCAACGUUUUACUUUGGGGUGAAAAAAAGUUCUGGGAAAAAAUUAGGUUUGUCAUGCCGGAUAUUUCUAACUCACAAUGGAAUAAAGAUAAUUUGAAUUACAAUCAUGGCGUUUGCCCAAAUGCUAGGCGGCAUCCUUCUAGAUACACAGCAUCGCCUACAGCCCCGGAGCUAUGGUAUAAAUACGACGCCAUCCCUGCACAAACCCAGCCUAAUGUCAACAUUGGUAUCAACAUUGAAGAUGACACUUCAAUGUUGACCAAUACAACGUUGACAAGUCAAAUCCAAGAUGGCGACAAUCUGCACCAUAGCUAUAUUUCUAUAGACACUCAAAACUACGAACAACCGUAUGUUAGUCGACCUAGGCCCCCAAAUUCUCUUCGUAAACAUCCUGGCCACAAUUCACCGUCGAUGCUCGAUGAACACGGCUACUUACAGCCCCGCUCUUCUGUACACGAGUGCUUACCGCAAACCCAUUCAGCCGCACACAGAUGA